UGCCUUUCAAGGCCUCUCGCUGGUAUUUAUUUUUUCAAAAAUCCGUUCAAAUCGAAACCAGUUUAGUAGCCCCUUCAAAACGUGCGAUCGAUUUGAUCUGUUGCAAAUAUUAUCAGCAAUGCUUCUAGUUUACAAAUUCAUACAUAAAUACGAGAUAUUAUGAAUCGGCGAGCCGCGAUGCACGCGCAAAUGACUUCGAAGUUUAGGGGGUUUGGUACAAAAUCUAAAACAAACUGUAGUUGCAAACCAGUCCAUUUUGCGUAUGAGAUAAGCCCAACUUGAUGUCUUGUAUGACAAGCGAACAACUGUGUAUAUAGUAGGUGGCUGCCUGCCAUUAAAAUAAACAUGCUCUGUAUAAUGUGGGGCCUUAUAAUGAUUGCUAUGGAUCAGAGAAAGCUAUAGCAUAUAAGAGAAGAGAGUACUACUAUGCCAUAGCUAGAAGGCCUAAAGGUAAAUGGCCUGAUAUUACCAGCAACAUGCUUGGCUUGUCUGUCUGUACCAUGCAAGGACCGUAUAUGAAAAUGUUGACCUUGACAAGUUUGUACCAUGCAAUAACCAUAUAUGAAAAUGUUGACCUCGACAAGUGUAUACCCAGCAAGUAGAACCAGAUAAAACAAGUUGAAACUGAGAAGUGUAUACACAGCAAGAACCAGAUAUAACAAGUUGAAACUGACGAGUGUAUACCCAGCAAGAACCGUGUAUGAACAUGUUGAAACUGACAAGUGUGUAAAAAACAAGGACCGUAUUUGAGCAUGUUUAGCUUGACAACUAUGUACCCAUCAAGAUCCGUAUUUGAACGUGUUGAGCUUUAGAAGCGUGUACCAGCAUGCUUGCACGGAAAGGUACACUGCGUAUUUGCACCAAGCAUGGUAUCAGGCAUGUGCUGUGGAACGAGUGGGCAUGCUGUUGGAAUGUGCGCAUCUGGCUUGAAGUGCCUUGAAUUGCUGCAAUAUGUGGUCAGGAACUGCCACUUCAAGCCCAACUAGAAGCCCAUCAGCAGCCACCUCCACUUCAAGCCCCACUGCAAGUCCAACAGCAAGUCCAACAGCAAGUCCAACAGCAAGUCCAACAGCAAGUCCAACAGUUUCGUCAUCACCAGCACCUACUUCUCCAACACCAGAAGUUUGCAAGGCUGUUGUAGACCUGGGAUUUAUCAUUGACUCGUCUGGAAGCAUCGAAUUCUACGGAAAAGGAAACUUUAAAAAGGUUCUAGACUUUGUCGGUGGAAUCGUGAAAGAAUUCGAGGUCUCAAAGCAAGGAACGCAUGUUGGAAUUAUUCGUUAUGACCACAAAGCUGAGAUACUAAAGCCUUUUGGACAAGUCACGGAUAAACAAGGUGUCUUGGACAAAAUCUCAAAGAUCACGUUCACUGGGGGUGGAACCAAGACAGGCCAAGCCUUAACACUGGCCAUGGAUGGGCUGUACCAGAUUGAUAACAGGAAGGAGGUUCCAGAUGUUCUCAUAGUCCUCACAGACGGUGCAUCCAAGGAUUCAGUGGUGGAUCCGGCCAACAAGCUUAAGAACUCGGGGGUAACAGUGUUCGCCGUUGGUAUUGGUAAAGAAUUCAAAGAGGAUGAAUUAAACUUGAUUGCCACAGACAAGCAACACGUCUUAAAAAGCGAUUUUGACAGUCUUGAUUCAGUUAUUCAGGAAAUUAAAGAUAUGGCUUGCAAGGCGAAAGGUAGUUCUUACACACCACGAAGUUUGCAUGAGCCAACGCGCACUACCUUGAGAAAGCCGGGAUGUACAGCUGCCACGACAGAUCAUUAGGAACACCAAUCUGAGCGUCUGAUCACGGGCCCUACGUUGUCACUCUUCUUAUCUCGGUCCUACUGAUACUCCUAGGCCAUAGUAAUCUUGCCUCGGAAAUAGUGGUAUUGCCUUUUUUCAUAGUAAUCUUGCCUCGAGCAUAGCGGUAUUGCCUUCGUCAUAGUAAUCUUGCCUCGAACAUAGCGGUAUUGCCUUCGUCAUAGUAAUCUUGCCUCGGACAUAGCGGUAUUGCCUUCGUCAUAGUAAUCUUGCCUCGAGCAUAGCGGUAUUGCCUUCGUCAUAGUAAUCUUGCCUCGAACAUAGCGGUAUUGCCUUCGUCAUAGUAAUCUUGCCUCGAGCAUAGCGGUAUUGCCUUCGUCAUAGUAAUCUUGCCUCGAGCAUAGCGGUAUUGCCUCCGUCAUAGUAAUCUUGCCUCGAGCAUAGCGGUAUUGCCUUCGUCAUAGUAAUCUUGCCUCGAGCAUAGCGGUAUUGCCUUCGUCAUAGUAAUCUUGCCUCGAGCAUAGCGGUAUUGCCUUCGUCAUAGUAAUCUUGCCUCGAACAUAGCGGUAUUGCCUUCGUCAUAGUAAUCUUGCCUCGAGCAUAGCGGUAUUGCCUUCGUCAUAGUAAUCUUGCCAUGAACAUAGCGGUAUUGCCUUCGUCAUAGUAAUCUUGCCAUGAACAUAGCGGUAUUGCCUCCGUCAUAGUAAUCUUGCCUCGAACAUAGCGGUAUUGCCUUCGUCAUAGUAAUCUUGCCAUGAACAUAGCGGUAUUGCCUUCGUCAUAGUAAUAUUGCCUCGGACAUAGCGGUAUUGCCUUGGUCAUAAUAAUCUUGCCUCGGACAUAGCGGUAUUGCCUUUGUCAUAAUAAUCUUGCCUCGAACAUAGCGGUAUUGCCUUCGUCAUAGUAAUCUUGCCAUGAACAUAGCGGUAUUGCCUUCGUCAUAGUAAUCUUGCCAUGAACAUAGCGGUAUUGCCUUCGUCAUAGUAAUAUUGCCUCUGACAUAGCGGUAUUGCCUUGGUCAUAAUAAUCUUGCCUCGGACAUAGCGGUAUUGCCUUCGUCAUAAUAAUCUUGCCUCGAACAUAGCGGUAUUGCCUUCGUCAUAGUAAUCUUGCCAUGAACAUAGCGGUAUUGCCUUCGUCAUAGUAAUCUUGCCAUGAACAUAGCGGUAUUGCCUUCGUCAUAGUAAUAUUGCCUCGGACAUAGCGGUAUUGCCUUGGUCAUAAUAAUCUUGCCUCGGACAUAGCGGUAUUGCCUUUGUCAUAAUAAUCUUGCCUCGAACAUAGCGGUAUUGCCUUCGUCAUAGUAAUCUUGCCAUGAACAUAGCGGUAUUGCCUUCGUCAUAGUAAUCUUGCCAUGAACAUAGCGGUAUUGCCUUCGUCAUAGUAAUAUUGCCUCUGACAUAGCGGUAUUGCCUUGGUCAUAAUAAUCUUGCCUCGGACAUAGCGGUAUUGCCUUCGUCAUAAUAAUCUUGCCUCGAACAUAGCGGUAUUGCCUUCGUCAUAGUAAUCUUGCCAUGAACAUAGCGGUAUUGCCUUCGUCAUAGUAAUCUUGCCAUGAACAUAGCGGUAUUGCCUUUGUCAUAGUAAUCUUGCCAUGAACAUAGCGGUAUUGCCUUCGUCAUAGUAAUCUUGCCAUGAACAUAGCGGUAUUGCCUUCGUCAUAGUAAUAUUGCCUCGGACAUAGCGGAAUGGCCUUCGUCAUAGUAAUCUUGCCAUGAACAUAGUGGUAUUGCCUCCGUCAUAGUAAUCUUGCAUUGGUUCUAGUGGCACUGCCUUGGUUUAUUUCUCGCUAUGGCACUGUUUAGAAGUAUAUAUUCCUUCCUCGGUCUUAAGCACCUACUCACACUUGUAGGGAGUGACAGGUGAGCCGUAAAAGACCCAACUAUUUUGUUGGCACUUGUAUGGAAAACAAUAGGAGGCCACGGGAAA